UUCAGUUAUCUAACGGGGGCAGCCGGAAAGCGCGCAAUAAAAAGACGGACCAAUAUUUGCAAACAUUCUCUUGAUAAGAAAAUAACGUUGUUGAAAGGAAAAUUAUAAUAUUUUGACACUUUGUGUAUUACUUUUAUUUUCUUAUAUAUUUCAAUAAAACAUAUGAUGGUAUAGGGAAAGAACAGAAUUAGAUCGUCAUGCAUAUUCCAAUCUUUGUAGCAGCGGCUCUUCUACAGAUUGGUGUUUUCACAGCUGCUUCGAAAGUUACAAAGCUUUCUCAAACAUGGGGCGGUGCAGGUGGUGACGUAAAGAUAACCCUUAGCGGUCAAGGGUUUUCUGCGAAUCAAUUUAGUUAUGGUGCCGGACAGGAAAACUUGGGAAAUAAAGUGACCCUACUUGCGGAAAAGGAGACUCACGUCUGCAAAAUUCAUCCAAAUGACUGCACGCAAACCCAAAUCGUUUGCUAUACGCCAAAGGGAUUAACAUACAACACUGCUUAUUCACUGUACGUGACUGUUGACGGGAAUGUUGUGACAGACAUAUGUAGUUGGUGUACAUUUACGCCAAGGCGAUGGGCAACCCCGGAGAUUACUUCAAUCACGCCUUUUAGUGGAGAAGUUGGCAAGAUUUUACUUGAUAUGCACGGACAGAUAUUUACCUCUGUUUAUGGAAGCAACCAGGUCGCCACUAACAACAUACUAAGAUUGUAUGGGGCAAAGGGAGAAGGAUGCGACCCCUACAAAGCUAAAGAUGAGUUUUACAAACUUGAAAUGGACUCGGAGCCUACAGGUACAAACAAAGGCACAAUACAGUGUAAAGUCGAGAAAAGUUUUGUUGGAGGUUUUGAACCAAGAAUAAUAAUAACUGCUCCGUACGGAGGGAGUGUAUUUAGUGGCAACUUCUACAGAGUUUCAAGAAAAGGGGUUCGUUAUGUGGUCCAGUCUUACACAGGUAUAAGCGGAAUAUCGCCAUCCACCGGAAGUGAAGAAGGUGGAACGAUACUAAGAAUUAGCGGUGGUGAAUACGACGCAAAUUAUACAUAUACGGACGCUCGGGUUUAUGUAGGAGAUGCGGUUUGUCCCAUAAUUAAACUGGAGCGAAGUCAAUAUAUAGAUUGUGAAGUACCUGCUAAACGAGACGUAGCUUGGUAUGCUGGAAAUCGCGGAGCUCUUGUCGAAACGUUUGAUAGCUCCUUCAGUACGUAUGAGGAGGCACGUGACACGACAGUGACCGCUAGCGGGGUGGAAUGGCACGACGAGACAAAAUAUUGUGCUCCACUCACUAAUAAAUGGACCAGAAUGAGGUUUAUAUUUGAUUGCCCAGGCGCCGGAAACUGGGAUUUCAACAUCUGGGGAGACGAAGGGGCAAAAAUUUAUAUCGAUGACGACGCCGGUGUGGAAACAACUGGCAGUACUUGGAAAUAUGCUGGCAGAAAAACUCUUGAACUAGACCAAAAAGUGAAAAUGGUCGUUGUCGGUCAACCUGGUACGGUUGAUACAUCUUGCGUGCAAAUAAGGGCAUUUUUCCGCAACUCUACUGCCUUGCCAAACGAAACAAGUAACAGUCUACCAGAAAUCCAGAAACUUGUUAUAAAUUCCACAGUCCAGUACGAAAACUUUACACUGAAAUUUACGGACCUUUCGCAAACAACACCGGUAAACACAAAACAGAAGGUUUGCAUUGAUGGUGGCAAUGAAAUCGUUAGACUUGGAUUAUACGGCGCAUACACGGUACUUGUUGAUUUAAGCGGCGAUGUUACUGCAAUAAAAACAGCUUUAGAUAAUCUCCCUUUCAAAACAGCAACUGAAAAUUUUGUUGUCGCCAGAGAUGGGGCCAGUUGUGUUGACGUCACAUUUGAAUCCACAAGAGGCAACAUCCCACUCCUGGGAACAGAUCAAUCAUCGGGUUAUACCGUGCAGUAUCUUACACAAGGCAAAUCAAACAACUUGGAUUUCGCCUUCCAGUUUGUGGACACACCCGGCCCACUGCUAAGCUAUGACCCGUUACAGAAAGCUGAAUUUGCACCAAAGAUUCAAGAGGCUUUGGAGGAAAUGCUCGGAGUACGAUGUCCACCAAUGUUUACAGCCAAUGCUAAGUAUGCGGAGGAAUAUACCGCACAAUCAAGUAAGCCUGGCGAAACACCGACAGCGGAAAUUACUCCGUUCUGUGGCAGAUUUAGUUGUGAAAACUGCAAGACGUUAUAUUCAGCUGCUACUGCAGACAAGAAGUUUACUUCUUUGACGGAAUCUAAAUGGUUAUGCCUUGCAUCAAGAGGUCUUGACAACGAAGAUAUUCGCCUCAAGUUUAGUAAUAAACCAGACAAGACUCCAGUGUUAUCAAGCAAAUUCGUUUUUCAACCAGAAAACAUUAAAGAGGAUGGUGAAUGGAAAUACAAGUGUAUUGAUGUGCAGGAUGCAUUCAGCAAUAAAAACUGGGGAUUAGACAAUACAUUAGGUUUUGUGCUUGUCGAUGCCUCCGUGGACAACAUAGAUAAAACAAAUGAUUUCUAUGUAGAUGAAGUGUUUAUUGGACAGACUUCCCCAUUAGCAACAUUAGGAAACACUCCUUUUAAUAAACUCAGAAUGCCUAUUGCAUAUCCAAACGUGAAUAAGAAAACAACAACAGACUGGGUAUCGGUUGAUUACAACAGCACUGAAGAUAAUUACGCUGUUUCGAUAGCACCAUUCGACUGUGGACACGACUUUAACCUGCUAACCCUUUCAGAAAGCAACGUUGUGAUUACAUCAAAUACAGCAGCUACAUCAACCUUGACUGACAAGACUGGUAAAAUGGUGACAACACGCACCAGUCAAACACAGAAACCAAUCAGUGGCAAGUUUAAGAUCACCUAUAACGGAGUCACUAGUGCUGAUAUCGAGGCAUUCAAUUUAACGGAAGAAGCACUCAAAGAUGUAUUAGAGACAUCCGUAGAAGAUUUAGGAACUCUAGACAUUGAAAGAUCUGAAGAUUCCACGUGUGCUAAUAUGGAGUUUGAAAUCACGCUGACAGACAGACCAGGGGACAGACCAAUUAUGACGGUGACAUAUGACUUAAGUCAACCAGACGAUGCAAAAGCCUAUAUACUUCCGGUCAGAGACGGGUACUACUAUCAUGAACUUAUACGUGACGGAGAUAUUCUUACGUAUCACACUAACCCGCAGGUUAGAGUUUACAUCAACGAUGUGGCAACGAAAUGUAAAAUGCCUAACAACGAGUGCGCGUUCAGUUGGAGCGCUGAUGCAACGCCAAAGGUGACCUCGUUAGAUAAAACCACGGGAAGUGUCGGUGAUACCCUAACAAUAACAGGCAUUAACUUCGAUGCAAAUAACACAAACAACCAGGUGACAAUAGGGGGAGUAAUAUGUGUUGUGACGUCAUCAAGCUCUGGACAACUAAUAUGUACGGUUGGAAACGGAGAGCUUGGAACUCAUGCGGUUGUUGUUGACGUACAAGGGAAAGGGAAAUCAUCCGGUGAGACGACUUUCACUCUAGAGGCAGCGUUUUCUGGAAUAACCCCGCAAACAAGCACCCUUGGAGGUAAUAUAAACGCAACAUUAACUGGGAAAGGAUUCUCUAAAGAUAUGGUUGUGAAAUUUGGGUCGGUGGAUUGUGUAAAUAUGUGGUAUGAAGAUUCAACAACCAUAUACUGCCAAGUCCCAGCAUAUAGUGAUCUUACUGUGAGCAGCCAACAACAAGUGUCUGUGAAGAUAUUUUCAGGAAGUGUGGAGAUAUCUGUACCCCAAACAUUUACAUAUACUGUUCAGAGCGGAAUCGGAAUAACACAAGUUUCUACUACUAGUGAUCUUACAGUUCAUGGCCAACAGACAAUAACAAUUGAAGGCACUGCUAUGGGGACUAAUGGUAAAGUGAUGCUUGGAAAAACAGCCCUUGAAAUACUGUCUCGGGUCGACACAUUAAUUACGGCUAAAACCCCACGAGGAAUUCCAGCUGGGUCAGGACAGCCCCUUCUUGUUUUCUAUGGAACUGAUGGCGCCAUAUUACAGUCAAAAAGUAUACCAAGUUUGGAUGUUAACUUAGAGCUGACUGCGGUUUCUCCGACAAAAGGGUCACUCGUUGGAGGAACAGAAGUAACUCUUACCGGAACAGGAUUCGGAGAUGUUAAAGAUGACGUGAAGGUUACUAUUGGAAGUGAUGAUGAUAAAAAUGAGUGUUUAGUUACUAAAGUAGACAACCAACAAAUACUUUGUGAUAUUGAGGACAUGACAACAACAUACCUUAUCAACAAUGAAGAAUGCGAAAAGGCACCAUUUUGCUUUAACAAGAAACAUUUGGAAAUAAGGAAGGGGGAUUCAGUUAUAUUUAGCUGGAAAACGCCUACCACUUCAGUCAGUACCGCCUUCAACAUGUUUGAAACUGACAGCUUAGAGUCUAAGUUACCUAAGGAAGGAGGCUUCACUACCGGGUCUGUUCAAACGAAAGAAGGUAAUAUGAAGCAUACAUUUGUAGAUCUUGGACCACGAUACAUACUUGCAUGCGAUGGAAAUUGUGCAAACUUUUUCCGAAUGAUAAUUCAAGUAAUGCCAAUGGAAUCAGCAACAAAGACAAUUCAGGUUACCGUUGUUGGACAAGUUGCUCCUACUGGCACUUCUAAAACAAUUACCAAAAGAGCAAGUGAACCAGUGGAUGAGUCCGGUUGCAGCCUUGCCCUUCCUAUCAUAGAAAAUUGCGAUAGCGAAGCUAAUGUCAAUACUGAGGAAAUUAACUUCCAAUUUUCGUGUACUAGAACACCAACAAUUAGUUCAAUAUCAUUUAACCAAGCCGACCCUAAUAUCCAAAAGUCCAUACUUCAAACAACAGCGUUGACUGUCAAUGGUGAUGGUUUUAGCAGCCAUGAUUGUGCAAACGUUGCGAAAAUUGGAGACUGUCCUUGUACAGUUACUGGUUCUACUCAAACGUCAUUUACUUGUACACCUGAUAGCAGUUGUAAUUAUGAAACAAAUGUGUACCAAUCAUUUUCCGUGAAUGUCAAACCACUAGGAGAUGCCAUCUUUAACACUGAAGCAAGAAUGGAGAAAGUCGUCGUAUUUAUUCCCUCCGUAAUAAGUAUUUCACCUCAAUCAGGUUCUACGCAAGGAGGGACAGAAGUCACCAUUACCGGAAAUAUAUUUACUUCUGACAUAGAUCAAGUUGCCGUAUCGUUUGGCGGAACAAGUGCAGAUUGCAAAUACCCAGACCAUCACCAGAUUAUAUGUACAACGCCGUAUAAAACUCUUUCUGGUUUAGUCACAUUCUCUGUAAACAUUGAAGGGAUUGAGGCUAAAUGCGAGACUGACUCAAGUUGUAAAUACAAUUAUGACCCUGAUGUUACCUCAACAGUGACAGCAGUAGAUCCUACUUCAAUUUCAGCUUCAAGUACUUUAACAUUUACUGGGACACAUUUAGGUAACGAACCAAACCAUUUAAGUAUCACCGUUGCUGGCGAAGAUUGUUACAAUAUUGCUAUUGUAUCUGAUGACACGCAAGUUAGUUGUACAUUAGAUGCACUCCCCGCAGGAAUUUCUAUACCAGUUUUGCAUGUUGCGGGAAAGGGUAAUGCUGAAACAAGUGUAACUAUCGAAGCCACCCCAUCAGCAGCGAUAUCACCAGUUUCCGGAAGCAUACACGGAUAUACGGCAGUCGUAUUUAACGGGUUUGGUUUUGUUCCCGAUCUUACUAUUACGGUGAAUGAUCAAGACUUUUGUGAGACAUUGACUUAUGUUAGUUCCAAGAAAGUUGAAUGUCUUACUAAAGCUAAUGGGCAAGCAGGGACGGUGUCUGUACUAUUAAAAAGUAAUGACGUUGAAUACAACACGAUCGAUUUUGAAUACUCCGACUCCGACACUCCUGGACUGGUUUCCAUUACCCCGGAGACAGGCACUGUUGGAAUGGCUGUAGUUUUGUCUGGAAGUGGAUUAGGAACUGACCCAACUCAGAUCAAAGUACAUAUAGGCAACGCAGAAUGCACAGAUGUUACAUUUGUGACAACGGAUAUAAGAUGUAAUACAGGCCCUCAGUCUAGUGGAGAAUAUGACGCCUCAGUAACAGUCUUAGGAAAAGGGCGUUCAAACCCUGUCACAUUUAAAUAUACUAUAACAAUAACCUCAUUCACUCCCGAAAGCGGGGAUAUUAACGGAGGCCAAGAAGUUACUUUCUCUGGAAAUGGCUUAAGUGCAUCAAUGGUGGUCAAUAUUUGCGGCCAGAAAUGUAACUUCCAAAGUCUAACAUCAACAACAGAAUAUAAGUGUCUGACUCCACAAGGCACUGAGGGAGACAGCUGUUCUGUAGAAAUUCAAGAGGGCAAUAAUGACGUAAUUACAGCUACAAAAACAUUUAGUUAUAAUAAAGGCAUGUCUCCAGCCGUCGAAAAGAUUGAACCACGUAGCGGUGGUACAAAAGGGGGAACACAGCUUACUAUAACUGGAGACAGAUUCAGCGACACGAUGUCAGAGGUUUCUGUUACCAUUGAUGGAGUGUCAUGUGUGCUGACGUCAUCAUCAACCACCCAAAUUGUGUGCACCACUGGUGAACAUGAAGAAACAAAACUGUCUACGGUUGCCGUAACUGUCAAUGGUGUUCGGGCAACUGCUGUCGAUCAACGGACCCUGCAAUUCAAUUACGCGGAUAAGUGGGGUUCCACUUCUACUUGGGGUGGGAACCCGGUACCAGCAGCUGGUGAAUAUGUCGUGAUCCCUGCGGGAACAACUGUCUUACUGGAUGAAGAUACGGCAGUCCUCGAGAUGCUCUUAAUACAAGGCCAUGUAAUUUUUGACGAGAAAGAUGUUACUCUUAAAGCUAAGAGAGUACUAAUUAUUAAUGGCGGAAGUCUAAUGAUCGGUACAGAGGAAGCACCGUUCAAGCACAAGGGAACUAUUGAGCUUUAUGGAGAUUAUCAUGAUCACGAGCUUCCAAUUUACGGUACAAAGGUUGUUGCUGUCAGAAAUGGAACACUUGGCCUAUUUGGUCGUCCGAUUGAAAAUACUUGGACAUUGCUCAGUCAAACAGCAGAAGUAGGGACAAAGACAAUAUCUGUACAAGGGCCUAUAAAUGGAUGGCAGGUAGGUGAUGAAGUGGUUAUUGCAACUACAGAUGGUCACAACUCGCAAGUGCAAACUGAGACUGGAAUAAUUGAAGAUGUAUCUGGAAAUACAAUUACACUUGAGAAUCCUUUAGAAUACAAGCAUUUAGGGAAUACUGAAAGUUACACGCAUAGAGACGGUUCUACAGCUAAAGUUGAGUAUAGGGCAGAGGUUGGCUUACUUUCAAGAAAUGUAAAGGUCAUUGGAAAACCUUUAGCUGGGUUUGAUACAGCGAUAGAAGCAUGUCCCGAUGGCUUUGAUACAGGCGAAUUUAAAACACAGACAUGCUUUCAAGGACGGUUUGGAGACGAUGUUGGAAGUGAUCAAUUCGGAGGCACAGUAAUGAUGCAUCCAGAAUAUCCUGCUAAUAGUACAGAUACUAAGGAGCAAAUAGUCAAAGGCCAGUUCUCAUAUGUUGAAUUUGAACACGUUGGCCAAGCAUUCCGCCUUGGUCGUUAUCCAAUUCAUUUUCAUUUAAUGGGCGUAGUAUCUGGAUCCUAUGUUAGAGGCUGUAGCAUACACAAUACAUUUAACAGGGCAGUAAAUAUUCAUCACUCCCACAAUAUUCUCGUGGAAUAUAAUGUUGUGCAUAAAGUUAUGGGCGGAGCUCUUUUCCUUGAAGACGGUAUUGAAACUGGAAACAUAUUGCAGUACAACCUUGUUUUGUUUGUCAUAUCAAGUACUAGUCUUCUUAACGACGAUAUUACACCUGCAUCCUUCUGGAUAACAAAUCCAAACAACACUGUACGACAUAAUCAUGCAGCUGGGGGAACACAUUUUGGUUACUGGUUCCGAAUGCAUGAACAUCCAGAUGGGCCAUCCUUUACUCCUGAUAUUUGUCCGAGAAGGGUGGUCAUCGGAAUUUUCUUUAAUAACACUGCUCAUUCCUUCAGCUGGUUUGGUCUUUGGGUGUUUGAAGAAUAUUAUCCGGCAGUCGAGGGUUUAUGUAAAUCUGAAAAAGGCCCAGCGGCAGCUAUUAUUGAACAAUGUACAUUUUGGAAUAACAAAAAGGGAAUGGAGCUGGUUACGGUCGGUGCCAUUCAUACAGUGAAUCUGAUUGCAGCUCAAAAUUUUGAAGCCAACUAUGAAAUUAAAUUGGUAAGAAAUGCUGCCCCUGUUGGUGCAUUGUUAGAUAAGGCUCUACUUAUCGGACAGGCAAACUCUGUAGAAAAUCAGAAUGAUGAUGGCAUCACUGAUAAGGGAAUAGUUUUCCCAUUUGCGGAUGACUUUGGCAUAAAGGACACAAAGUUCAUUAAUUAUAACGAUGCGAAAAGUGUGUGUAUCAUGGGUACAAGUAUCGAUGGAACAUGCAGUGACAAAUGCGGUGCAUACAAAAUUGAAACCUCACAAUUACUUUUUGAAAAUGCUCCUAAUCGCCUUUGGUUUAGGUGGUUACAUGAAACAGUUAUCAAAGAUCUUGAUGGGUCGUUAUGUAACACUCCUUAUCCGCAGAUAAUUGUUCCGACAAUGAAUACUUUGCCGGGAGAUAAAUGUAGAACAGAUUGCUCUGCGUAUGCAGUAGGGUCAACUGUACCUCCAAGUAAUUGCGAUACUAACAUAAAAUUCACAAGGUUUGGGUUUGACCAAUUAGUGCCAUCUUCUGUUUGGGGGAAGAAGGUUAAUUUUGUCACCACAUUUAGCGGAGCGCAGGUUUCCGUUGAAUCUUACUUCAGAGAUCACCGUGUGGAAAAUAAGAAUGGGUGGAUGGCGUUGUUGCAAGUUAACGAGACGCACAGCAUAGAGUUUACAGUUACCGAGGCUAUGAUAAAUAUUUCGUUUGUUGGCAGGAUCCAUGAUAUGGACCCUUAUGAUUGCCUCAUGCUUAAAGUCAAGUUGGUGGAUGUGCCUGAUAAAGUGUCAGUAGACAAUGGAGUGACCAACAGACCUCAAACAGAAAGCCCCCUUGAUUGUUCCAAUCCAGAUAUGCAGACAGGGGACUGGUAUUAUGAAGACAAAGAAACAUUUGGAUACGCAGUUAUUGCAUUUGUCAACAGAGGAAACGCUAAUGUAGAUAUCAAUGUCAAUCUGAAGGUUGUUAAAUGCUUUUUUGAAAAUUGCAUAACUCCCACACCGGCAUACCUUCUUCCGCCACCAACCGAGAGACCAAGCGAAUUUCAGCUUUGGGCAGAUGCCACUAUAUGGAAAGUGGAUUUGGACAUUAAUCUCCGAAAUGCUUCUAAAGACGCAGAUGGGACAAACGUUGGACCUCCAGAAGAAGAUCAGGAUGUUAUAAUAGAAAAAGAUAUGUGGGUUGUUAUAUCAAAAUAUAAUACACCUAGACUGGGCGUAGUUACAGUACUUGGUGGCCUCGAGAUCGACUAUGAGUUUGAAUACAACUACAUUUUUAGUGCUAAAAUUAUAAUUGUCAAAGGUGGACGAUUUCAUGUUGGUUGGCUAAACAAUCCUAUUCAACUUGGAACAGUGAACAUAGUGCUAUUGGGAACCCGACAAAGUCCGCCAUAUGUGGAUAUCGAUGGUGUGCCUCUAAGCAAUAAAGCUAUAGGUGUUUAUGGUGGUCUAGAAAUGAUUGGAAAAGAUGUUGUUAAAUCAUGGAUGAGACUGGCAGAAUCUGUUUCUGCAGGAGCAACGGUUCUUAAAGUUAGAGAUGAUGCAUCUGCAUUAGCUAGUUGGAAAGCAAAUGACAGGAUUUUCAUCACUUCAACGUCAACAAAUAAGAAAGAUCUAGAAGUUGCGACUAUAAAAGUUGUGAAUGCUGCGUCUUCAACUAUUACUCUAGAAAGUGCUGUUACGAAGAGACAUAGCGGAGGAUAUGAGACUGUAGACGGACAGGAUAUUGAUCUGGGAGCUGCAGUUGGUCUACUGUCACGUUUAAUUACUGUAGAAGGGGAGGUUAUCAAUAAUGAUCCGGAUGCAUGGGGUGGUCGGAUGCUUGUUUCAGUUACAUCGCUUGAGAAUGAUAUUGUUUCAGGAUAUGCUCGACUCCACAACGUGUUAUUUCGUAACAUGGGUCAGGACGGUUUCAGGGAAGACUAUGAUCCAAGACAUGCUGUUUCCUACGUCAAUACAAUGUUUAACGCUUCAAAUAAACCAUCCGAAGUUUACAACUGCGCUUUUGAAGAUAUCUACAAUGCUGCUAUUGGUGUAAUUGGAACUAAAGAUUUAACUGUAAAGGGCAAUGUCGUUCUGAAAGCUCUUGGAUCUGCCAUUGUAACAACGUCUGAAAAUACAACUCUAAAAGAAAACCUGAUAGCCAAUACCUUUUGUUCUGCUGCAUUUGAUGGUCGCAAAGAGGAAUUCAACUUGGCACUGGAAUAUGCAAUUGAGGCAAUCUCUUCAAAGUCGUUACAAAUGCACGAUAACUAUGUAUGCGGAUCCGAGCGUAUAGGUUACCACGUUCCUGGUAUCGCAUGUGACGCUACGGAGAUAUUCUAUUCCAACAACUUUGCUGUAGGAAAUCUCAUUGGAGCUGCUAUAUUGCCUGAUGACAAACUCACUCUUGACAAGUGUGUGAAGUUAUCAGGCUUUACAGUUUUUAAGAACUUUGAUGUCGGAUUAUAUUACCAUAAUACUCUUAGUCUGGUCGCUUCAGACAACAUAUAUUCAGAUGAAAAUACAGGUAUUUUCCCCAUGGUUAUCGGACCAAACCCUUUGACUCAUGAGAUAGGAGGAGAAUAUGCAGAAGUAAAGGAUUCCAUCGUUAUUGGCACCUCAUCUGUAACCAAUUGCAAUGAAGAAACAGAGCCGUCCGGAGAUUAUAUAGAUCUAAGUUCCAAGCACAGGAGCAGCAGAGGUCCGAAUUCGGAACGUCUAGGUCUAUUGAUGGCUGUUUUUACCGGUGGAAAAAAUAAUUGCCCAAUCAAACCAUGUUUCAAAAUAAUGGUUUACAAUGCAAUUAGUGGACAAAUGAGAAUUACAGGUGUGACAUUCGUGAACUUCAAAGGCGAGAGCAAUGGUUGCAAAGCUGCGUUUGCUAUCGCUACACUAAAGAAAAAUGACGAUGCUAACCAUCCAGUCCUGAUGUCAUCUAUUACAAAACAAGAUGUUGACACACCAUACUCUGUACUUAUACACAGACCCAAUGUAGAUAAGAUUAACUCUGCCGAUUGCGUGGACAUGGAUUGUGAUGCACUGAAGAAGGUUCUGUUGAAGGAUUUGGACGGAAGUUUCUUAGGUCAAAUUGGAUCUGUGAUUUCUGAAUCUGAGUUUCAAUGGGAUGGAGAAGAUAGGAGGAGAGGCUUAGGUGACUAUAGAAUUCCAAAUGCCGCUCUGAUUGACGAGAAUGGCGUAAAGGUUGAAGUUGAUGACUUGGCACCGGCCGGACGAGGGAUUGUGCGCACUGAUAGUUGUAAGCUGAUAACGGUAUCAAAUAAUGCAGCAGCGCAUUAUUGGUGCCCGAACCUGAACUACGAGAUGAUGUUGAUAGAAAGCUUUGAUGCGGACACGGAAACCAGACGUUUAGGACCAACUGCCUUCUUUAGUGGGAACUAUGUUGACUUGAUGAAUGGCCCACAAGAUCACGGCUGGUGCAAUGGCUACACGUGUCUGAAGAGAAUAUCCACAUUUAUUGCAAUGAUUCUUGAUCAAACUCCUGUUGAUAUCUAUUUUAGUAGUACCCAACCGGAUCACAUUCGCUUUGCCCUAAUCCGAGCUGAUCCUAGUAGGUGUGCAGUGGUAGGCCUGUACUAUCUCAAUCCGAAUCGCAUUGAUGUGUACAAGAAUACAGUUAGUAACAAUGAUUUAAGUAAGACUGAUUACAUUCUUCCUAAAAAUGGAGAAUACGACACUAAUGGCAAUUUUAAGCUGAAAAAUGAGCAAGGAGUUAACUAUAAACCAACUUGUUCUGAUUUACAUGGCGCUAACUACAUAGACAGAGAAGCACAUGUUAUCUAUUUUGUUGUGAAAGGUGGUACGAAUACUAUCCAUCUUAAACGAGCAGAUGUCAUUGUAGUGGCGAUGGGCUUUCCGGCGAUUAAGAUGGAGGACUUUUUCAAGGAUGAUCUUAUAGUUAAUAAUAUAGCAGCCUUAUUGGGUAUUCCUAUUGAAAAAAUACGUGUUCUUGAUGUUGUAUCUGAAAGCAGUGUAGUAAGGCGGCGACGAUCAACUGAAGAAGGAGGAAUCACUGUAACGUUUGAAAUAGGAGACGAGCCCACUGACACUGUAGAGGACGAUACAGAAGAUGUUUCUGAUCAUGCUGCGACGCUUAUGAACGCCUGCCAGACCGCUUCCAUUGGAGAUUCUCUUAAUGUACAAACGGAGUGUGACGAGAUUGUUUAUGGUGACAUAACAUACAAACCCACACCACCUGCAGAACUGAGGUUCUAUGAGGAAAUCAGUCCACAACACGAGGGAGUGCCGUUUUCUGUACAGCCUAAGAUAAGAGCAUUUGACAAAGAUGGGAAUUUCGUUGAACACUUGGGAAUAGAAGACAGUCCGUGGGAGAUAACUGCAACUCUCAGAUCAUGCUCCCCGGCGUGUGGUCAUGCUAACGCCGUCCUAACCGGAACACUUACCGUACCGUCAUCAAACGGAUAUUUCAAUUUCACUGAUCUUCAAAUAUCACAUAAAGGGGAUGGUUAUAUAAUUGAUUUUGCAAUAUCUUCUCCAGCGAACACCAAUUUAACUGUGGAAAGUGUGCCCUUCUCCGUUGAUGGACUUCCUAUGACAGCUGGUGUAUAUUCCAUGACAAGUGGUGAUAUACCGCAGGAUUCCGUCUUCGCUUUAACCUUGGACCUUCGAGAUAGUUCCACCAACAUUGCUAUCCCUGACAUCACAUGGAGGGACCAUACUGCUUUUGAUGCAACCUGUAAUCUUGUAGUAGAAUCUCAAACGGGCCAACUCUCAGGGACACUGAGUAAAACAUUUGACAGUGCAACAGGAAGAGCAACAUUUGAUGAUCUUGUUUUCUCGGGAUAUGGUCUGAUCCAUGUAUCCUGCCAUAUUGUGUCAUCUCCUAUUCCUGUAGAGUAUGACUUCUACUCAUUCCACCAAGUGUUUGUCCUCGGUGCUGAUCAGGCUGGUAUAGAAUACGAAGCCUCUGAGAAUAUUGUGGUUAAAUAUAAUCUUGACUAUGACAAAACCCUUCCAACUACGGUCGCAGCUACUCAGCUCUUGCAAGCAACUGUUGAGGUCUUCACUAUGACAUAUACAGGCAUUGUUAUCAGAACAGCAUCAAUAAGCAAAGGUAGUAUUAUCAUAUCGUUCACAAUCGAGGGAAAAGCUGUAAAUAUAACUACUACAAAAGAAGAACUAUGUGCCGAGUUAUCAUCUGGAUUUGAAGUCACUGUUGCUGGAUCGACCUUAACUUUAGAUGGUUACAUGAAAGUAGACGGUGUAGACUAUUACGCCACUUGUGGGAAAAAGGACGAUGAUGAUGACGGCUUACACCCAGCUUAUAUCGCUCUAAUAGUUGUACUGUGUCUGAUUGUUAUUGGUAUUGUUGUGUUUGUGCUUGUUUGGAGGUUCAAGAUCAGACCAAAAUCAAAGACACAUGGAAUUCGACGUUUUACAGUCAACGAAUACCCGGGUAUCAAUGAUACUAGUAGUGAAACUGCUAACAGAGGAGGAUUCUACUAUAUAGAUAACGGAAGAACGGUGUUCUUAGGCGCUCCCAACCAGAAAGUUCAAGACAUCCUGUACAAGCAGAAGGCUGACGCUGAGUUCCGAUCAAAUAGUUCUGCACCUAUAACAACGCUGUAUGACGAGAUCCCAGGGAAAUUCAGUAUCCGCAGUUCUCCUCUGCCACCAAAGCAGGACGAAGACGGUGCCAGGGGGCUUACACCUACCGAUCUAUAAAGCCGCUUCUGGGCGCCCGCAAUUUUAACAUCUGACAUAAGAACAAACUAUUGAAUAAACUAACUAAUGCUUAUUUUGAGAUAAAAGUAUGUUUAUAAAUUGAAUUGAUGUGUGAUAAAAUAUUUAUAAAUAGAUUGUGCUUCAAAUUAUUUAAGAAAGAACUUCAAAAGCGGGCAAAUUGAUGAUUUCUUUAUCUUUACUUUUAAGAACAUAAGAACAUAAGAACUUAAGAACAUGACUAUCAACGAGAAUCGUUACAUGUAUGUUUCCAACAUUUUAAUUUUUUUAGGACAAAUUAUUUGUUUAUAUACUUAUAAGUGACAGACUGUAAAGAUAACAAUCAAAAUGAUUUUUUAUCAAAAUAUGUUUAUACGGAACUAGCUUCCUUCUUUUAAUACGUGCAUAAACUAUUCUUACAGAUUGGGAAGAAUUGUUUUUUACUUUAAGAAAAAACUUUUUUAUUAGCUCUUAAAUAUCGAAAAUAUAUUAUUUGCAUUUUUGCCAUUAUAAUGAAAAUGGCUUUUUGUCUAGAUUAAGGAAAAUAAUGUUGUUUAAGACAAAUCAUUUUAGAAUCUGUAUUGACAACGUUGAAAAAUCAAUUCUAAUCCUAAGAACAUGUUUUCCUGUUAAUAUGUUUGCUUUAUUUCUGUCUGUGCCUUAUAUAAAUCGUUUUGUACUGAUAUAUGUACAUCUUAGUGAG